GUUGCGCUCGUCUUUCGUCGUCGGGAUCUUUGCUGCGUGAAAUAUCCGUCGGCCGCAUACUUCAAAUUCUUGCUCCGCUUCCUCUUUUCACGGUCAUCGUUCCAAAACUAACCGCGCGUCUCUUGUUUUGUCGAAAACGCGUCGCAAUUGGCGUUUCGCGCAACAUUGACGCGCCUCAAGGGCUCAACCCGAGCAGCUCCUCAAACAUGGCGCUCUUCGCUCGCGGCGGACUUUGUUGUUUCCUGGAAACGCGCGCCGCCACAUCGGUGCUUCUUCGAGGCGGGCCGCAAAUGAAAGCCGCCUUUGCCCGCUGUUUGCACUUGACACGCCGGCACAGGGCGUUGGACGCAGAGGCCCUGGCGCAGCGUCAGAAGCAGCAGAUGGCUCGAGGGCUCCCCAAGCGAAAGGCCAUCGCGGGCGUCCGCCAGGUGCUUCUGGUGGCUUCGGGCAAAGGCGGCGUGGGGAAGUCCACCACCGCAGUCAACCUGGCGCUGGCGUUGAUGGCCAACCAGCCGUCCAAGGCGGUGGGGCUGCUGGACGCUGACGUCUAUGGGCCGUCCCUUCCCAAGAUGAUGAACCUGAAGGGAAACCCGCAGCUCACUGAAGACAAUCGCAUGCUCCCACUGACCAACUACGGCGUUCCUUGCAUGUCGAUGGGCUUCCUGGUGGACGACGACGCCCCCAUCGUGUGGAGGGGCCUCAUGGUCAUGUCGGCUUUGGACAAGCUGCUCAGACAGGUGGAGUGGGGCUCUCUGGACUACCUGGUGGUCGACAUGCCUCCCGGCACGGGCGACGUGCAGCUGACCAUCACGCAGAGCAUCCCCAUAGCAGGUGCCGUGAUCGUGACCACGCCUCAGGACGUCGCCCUGCUGGACGCUAGCAGAGGAGCCCAAAUGUUUCGCAAAGUCAACGUGCCGGUUCUGGGCCUGGUGCAAAACAUGAGCACGUUCGAGUGCCCCAAGUGCGGCCAGCAGACGGCCAUCUUCGGCUCGGACGGCGCCAGGCGCCUGGCGGACUCGCUGGGGGUCGCUUUAUUAGGCGACGUCCCUCUUCACGUCCAGAUCAGGCAAACGUCCGACAGAGGCGAGCCCGUCGUCGUGUCUUCGCCCGGCAGCCCACAGGCGCUGUCCUACUUGAACCUGGCGAGCGCCGUCGUCCGCCGGCUGGACGAGCUGGCCGCGUGACGGCCUCGGAGCGGCUCGUCCCGCUGCUUUUCUCCAAAUGGCGUCCUCGUUUGGGAGCGCCACAUUUGAGCCGUCGCGUGGAUUUUUGCGGCCUGCCCAAGUGACUUCUUGCCAGAAUUCCAAAGUCGCACGCCGCCGUCACUUCUGAUGGCAUUGAACAAUGCUAUUAGCAUUGAGGACUUUUUAGCAUCAAGGACCAAUCAUUCCCCCCCUGCCAGCCAGGUGUUAGUUCUUUCCUCUUCUGCGAGAGAGGAUGCAGCAAGUCAUUCUUCCCACGCUUUUGAUGUCGGUACGCAACAGCACUCGCUCGUCGAUGAUUUGAAAGCGUCACAUGCCGUACGCUAUAAAAGCAUGAAAAGCCUGUUCCUGCUCCAGAAGACUUUUUGUUGCCCGUUUCCUCGCUAUUUUGCUCAAAUGCGCAACGACUCGUGGCUACCGCGCUUCGAGGCGGGACGGCGCGGCGAGAGCACCUUGGAGAAUCCGGGCGCGCUGACUGGAAUCGGGCCGUCUCAUAUCAUCACAUA